GUUGUGGGACUGAAAUAUUAAUGGCUUCAAUAUCUCACUUCCAAAGAGUUUCUGUUUUCAUUUCAGAUUUUCAGGAUCUGCAGCUUUCUUGACUUUUCAGCCAGCUCAUGUUAUUGUUUCCUUAAAGUGUACGACAAUCCUGUGAGAGGGAUGAAAGAUAUUUUAGAAAUACUGAACUUUCUUACUGAGAAGAGUUCUAUUUACUGAAAAUACCUGCUGCCAAGGAGCCAAAUCACUGGCCUUAACUUACAUAUUUUCUUAACUUUUAAGGAUCUAAGUCUUUUAUAAUGCCACUUGACCCCAAGUGCCAAUGCUAGCAGAAUUGUCCAUGUUGCAAUACAGUUUAAUUUUAAUAUAAAGGGGAAAUUGAGGUGUCGAUGUAAGCAGAAGUGGUUUUCUCCACUGCAGUCAAAAGAACUCCAUAAACUGAUUUCCAUUCAGCGUUCGAGGAAGUAGAUCAAGUAUGUCUGAGCAGAACCUGUAUGAAAUUGGUGAAUACCAGCUCAAAGAGAACCAGCAGAGAACAGUGCAUGAACAGAAGCCCAUUGAAAAAGCAGGGAUCAGCUUUGCCAAGCAAAAGAAGUUGCUGCAGAUUGUCUUUGGUCUGCUGGUUUUCUCUCUCUUCUUCUCCCUGUUGUGCCUUAUCAUAGGCAUCGGGAAAAUCUCAGCGAUUUACAGCGAAAUGAAGGAACUACAGGAUAAAUUAAUGAUGGAAAAUUCUCAGCUCAAAAGCAAUGUGUCUGAAUUUCAGAGAACCCAGAGCAUCAUGGUCAAGAAGCUGUCCAAGCUGAAAAUCAACUGUUCUUUGACCACAUGUCCUGGAAACUGGGUAAGGUUCAACCAGUCGUGUUACUUCUUCUCCACCAGUUCAGGCAACUGGCAUUUUGCGAAACGAAGGUGUUCCUUGCUGGAUUCACAUCUGCUUGUGAUCAACAGCGUUUCAGAGCAAACAUUUAUUAAAAAAAUAUCGGCACCCACAAUGUAUUGGAUUGGCUUGUCGGACUCUGCCAUGGAAAAAAAUUGGCAGUGGGAAGAUGGCACAAGCUAUGAUUCAACACCACGAUUCUGGGCUACUGGAGAGCCCAACGAUGCCUUCCAGAACGAGGACUGUGCCCACCUUGAUGCUAAAGGAUGGUGGAAUGACAAUAAAUGCUCCACAGAACUCAAAUGGAUCUGUGAGAAAGACACAGUAUGAAUUUCACAAAACCUGUCUUAAAAGUACAAACAAGCUCACAUUGCGUGUUGGUUCUGUGACAGAAGUUCUGUGCGUUGAGCUUUCAUGUAUUACACUUCAAUCAAGCUGACCAAAUUUAAUUCACAUCAAUCCAAUUUUCUAAAUUCAACUCAGUUCAGUUUCUCUCGUCACAUUCUAUCCUAGUUGCAGCCUCCCUAACUUUUCCCGCCCCUAUUCAUCGAGUUACAUAGCAGAUAAUUGGGUCCUUUGCCCUUAUUGCAUUUACCCCAGCUCAACCGUAACCCAUCCCAGCUCAACCGUAACCCAUCCCAGCUCAACCAUAACCCAUCCCAACUCAACCGUAACCCAACUCAACUCAACCGUAUCCCAACCCAACUCAACUCAACUCAACCGUAACCCAACUCAACUCAACCGUAUCCCAACCCAACUCAACUCAACUGUAUCCCAACUCAACUCAACUGUAUCCCAACCCAACUCAACUCAACCGUAACCCAACUCAACUCAACCGUAUCCCAACCCAACUCAACUCAACCGUAUCCCAACCCAACUCAACUCAACCAUAUCCCAACCCAACUCAACUCAACCGUAUCCCAACCCGACUCAACUCAACCGUAUCCCAACCCAACUCAACUCAACUGUAUCCCAACUCAACUCAACCGUAUCCCAACCCAACUCAACUCAACCGUAUCCCAACCCAACUCAACUCAACUGUAUCCCAACUCAACUCAACCGUAUCCCAACCCAACCCAACUUAACCGUAUCCCAACCCAACUCAACCGUAACCCAUCCCAAUUCAACUCAACCAUAACCCAACUCAACUCAACCGUAUCCCAUCCCAACUCAACUCAACCAUAACCCAACUCAACUCAACUGUAUCCCAACUCAACUCAACCGUAUCCCAACCCAACUUAACCGUAUCCCAACCCAACUCAACCGUAACCCAUCCCAAUUCAACUCAACCGUAACCCAACUCAACUCAACCGUAUCCCAUCCCAACUCAACUCAACCAUAACCCAACUCAACUCAACUGUAUCCCAACCCAACUCAACUCAACCGUAUCCCAACCCAACUCAACUCAACCAUAUCCCAACCCAACCCAACUCAACCGUAACCCAUCCCAACCCAACUCAACCGUAUCCCAACCCAACUCAACUCAACCAUAUCCCAAUCCAACUCAACUCAACCAUAUCCCAAUCCAACUCAACUCAACCGUAUCCCAACCCAACUCAACUCAACCGUAUCCCAACCCAACUCAACUCAACCAUAUCCCAACCCAACUCAACUCAACUGUAUCCCAACCCAACUCAACCGUAUCCCAACUCAACUCAACCAUAACCCAUCCCAACUCAACUCAACCGUAACCCAACUCAACUCAACUGUAACCUAACUUAACUCAACCGUAUCCCAACUCAACGCCAUCCCAAUUCAACUCAUUCUAUCUCUACUCAACCUAUGUCUACUCAUCUUUUCCCAAUUCAAUCCAUUCCAACUUAGAAUUCUUAUCUCAAUCCAUUAGCUUCAACCCUAUCCCAUUCCACUCAAGUGAACCUCAAGUUACCAAUUCAACCCAAAUGAACUCACCAGCCCAAGUUAAUAUCUUCCCUAAACAUGGCACCAUCCUAUAGAUGACCAGGCAAAUAGUGCAUGAGACCCAAUCCUCGUAACGUGCAUCAAUCAGGUAGUCUUUCAUAUUGGGGAACUUUUUCUGGCUUUUUCCUCCUUCCUUUCCAGUCAUGAUGAUGGGCCUUGGCCGAAAACAUUGAUUUCCAUAGAUUCUGCCUGGCCUGCUGAGUUCCUCCAGUGUUUUGUUUGUGUUGCAAGCAUUUUUAGAUGUCAUUUCCAUAAGAAUCUAAGAAAAUAAGUGGGAGCUCAGCCUCUCAAGCCUACCUCACCAUUCAAUGUGAUUGGCUCCAGGCUUCAUUCCCUUGCUUUUGCCAGUUCCCAACACCCUAGAUACCCCAAUUUUCCUUCCCCUUUCAUGCCUCUGUUGACCCAUUCUCCAUAACACUCCACUCUCUGCACAACUUAUCGCACAAUCUCUAAUCUUAUAACCAUGCCUCCAAUUUAAGGCUCUUCCACUAGAGGAAACAUCUCAACAUCUACCCUUAGUAUCUUGGGUGUUUCAGUAAUAUUAGCCCCCAUUCUGUAGCAAAUUCAAAUCUAGUUUCUUUGUCCUCUGGUGAAAGGAUUUUCUUCUUGAGCUGUUAUUGAUUUAACACAAUGAUCUUCAUUCCAGAUUGCAGUCACUUGCACGCUCUUCCUCUUUCAUGUCCAGUUUUUCUCAGCUGAUUGGUAGUCACAUCUCAGCCAUGGCUCAGUGGUUUCGAUUCUCCCUGGGCUGGGCAGAUGGUUCUGGUUCUGGAUCUAUACCCCAUUCCACAAAGAAGAUCUCUAAUGCUCCAGUGCUGAACUGAGGGAGUGCAGAUCUGUGGGAAAUGCCAUCACUUUGAUAGAAUGAUAACCCGUGAGGCUAUUGUCACUUUUAGAUCAAUGUAAACAGCAUUGUUUAUUCACAUGGUCUUUUGUGGAAGUGCGCUUGGUACAAAAUGUCAGUGAUACUUUUGUUGCUGUAGCAAAAAAUAUGUUCAAAUAAAAGUACCUUAUUGAUGGUUAAA